GGCGAUAAUGUUGUAUGCGAAUAGUUUUUAUUGACCAAAAUGUAAAAUGAGUGUCUUUCAAAGCAUCAAGGGGACAUUUGCAGCAGGAUUGAAGUCGAUAACCUCUCGUGAUGUUAAGGAGGAGAAACUUCAACAUGUGAAAGCGGGAGUGUGUUUGGAUGCUGGGGCUGAUCUGUUAGACAGGUACCAGAACAUUUGGAAGGAACUCCAUCAGGAUGCAGAGGAGAAUGCUAAAUUGGCUGAGAAUGUAGAUAGCCAGAUUACGCAGCUGUUUGUGACCUAUGACAGACAGGCAGAAGUGUUGAGUCAGUUACACUCCACUGUGGCUGAUCUCCCAGUCAUACUAAACAAACUUCAGGAGUUGACAGAUGUACUUGCAUCUUUGGAUGAGGAAUAUGAGAAUGUGGAGGUGGCUUUGAUACGUCUGGAGGACACUUGUGAAGAACAGGAACUUACACAGGCAAAGGAGUAUGAUGCUCAAAAACUGGCCACCUACACCCACAGGAAGAGUGAAGAACUCCAAAAAAUUAAAGUGGAAUUUGCCAAAGAUCAUGCCAAAAAAAUGGAAGGUUACGAGAAACAUCGCCAGACAAAAUUGAAGGAACGACAGGAAGUGUUUGAACAGCAAUUUAAUAACGAUCUUGACUACUUCAAGUCCCACGGCCGUCUAGAAAGACUAUCCACUAGCAGUAAUGAUAGCAGUAAGAAAACUGACCUGGCAGACAUCAGCUGGGAGAUGGAGAACACAGACUUAGAUGAAUUCCUGGAGACAGACACAGCAAUAUCAGGAGACAGUCAGCUGCCACAUGAUAAUUUUAAUGCUGAAUUUGAAGAUGAAGUGGAACAGUUUUCUGAAGAAGAGGUGGAGGAAGAAGAGAGCGAGGAAGAGGAAAGGGUAGAUGUGACAUUGCCUCUCAAGGACCAGUGUGAUUCUAUAACAGGAGGGGAGACAACUCCGUCUGAGGAUAAUGAAGAGGCUGCUAUUAGUAAUGAGAAUGUUGAUGUCUCCGACAACACCCACUCAGCUGGUGAAGCCAACACAGAUGAUACAAAUGGGGUCUAGUAUAGAAAGAAUUCAUAAACAUUCCAGGUUUGACAAGGAAGUAUGUAGACAAUAUGAAAUUUAAAUGUUUUUGGUGCUGGUAGUGGGGAGCAGGCCCUAACGAUGGAUAAAUACAUCAUAUAUUCUAAGUUAAUAAGGCUGAUAGUUGUCACACUUGUAUGGGGCAGGCCCCUACUAUGGAUAAAUACUUGAUACUAUCUAACUUAAUAAGGCUGACAGAUGUCUCAUUGAUAGCAAGCAGGCCCUAAGUGUGGAUAAAUACAUAGUAUAAUCGGACUUGAUAAGGAAGGUGAUUGUCUUACUGGUAUGAAGCAGUUAGACCACGACUCUGGAUAAGUACAUUUCUAUAGUUUAUAAGUCUGAGGAUUGCUUGUUACCACGCUAUUUCUUUCAUGAUUUCCUUACGAAAGGAGUUAACGUGAAAUCAGACUCACCGUUUCAUCACUUGAUGCCUCCAUAUAGCGUGCAUUUGUUUACAAGCAGUCUUCUCCCCGCCAGAGGGUGCAGCAUUUUGCAGUAUAUUUGAAUUAUUGCUUUUUUUGGCGUGGGCUUCCCCAGAUUUUAAACUGACCACACUGGACAUUGGCUAAGUAGGAGAAAACUAUUAUGUACAGAUUUAUUUGUCUGGACACAUAUAUUUUCUUUCCAGCUGAAUAGAAAAAAACAUUGCUUGACUGAAUAGCCCCUUUAAGUCCAAUUCAUGCCUUUAUAAAGAGAUUUUUUGCCUAAGAUUACAAAUUAAUAAAAUCACAGUUCUAAUCCACCUAAUCCAUCUAAUCCAUUGAUUCCAUAUAAACAUAACAGUUUACUCUUUUCAACCAGGAAUAUGUCAUAAUGUUUAUAAUUUUAAAGAUAAGGUGAUAUAGUGUUGAUAAUCUCCAUUUUAUAUGAUAUAUUUGUGUAAUGGGUUAGGAUGUUGUUUUAAAGUGGAUUUUUUUCAGUUGGGAAUUUAAGGAAUGGAAUUCAAAUAAACUGUGAAAGAACAAGGAAAAUACACAUUCCUAUCCAGUGCACUGAUCAGAAAUGGAACAAGGGUCUCUGGCGUGAUAAUUGAAUGGUGCUUCUAGCUGAGCCAAAGAAGCAUGCUCCGUCAGCUGAGUGAUAGACAAUAGAUAACACUAUGUACAAGCCACACCAACCUGCUCCUUUUAUAGUACUUUCUACAUCAAGGGAUUGGAUUUUAAACACUUCCAUGGGACCAGGACUGGGAUUUAGUCACCCAUAUUGGACCAGGGCAGAGAUUUAGUUACGCUCAUUGGACCAGGGCUGGGAUAUAGCUACACUCCUCAACCGGGGCUGGGAUUUGGUUGUGGUCAUCAGACAGGGCUUGAAUAAAUUACACUUGUCUGACCAGGGCUUGGAUUGAGUUAUGCUCAUUGGACCAGGGCAGAGAUUUAGUUACUCUCAUUGGACCAGGUUUUGGAUUGAGUUAUGCUUAUUAGACCAGGGCUUGGAUUGAGUUAUGCUCAUUGGACCAGGGCUUGGAUUGAGUUAUGCUCAUUGGACCAGGUUUUGGAUUGAGUUAUGCUUAUUAGACCAGGGCUUGGAUUGAGUUAUGCUCAUUGGACCAGUGCCUGCAUUAAAUUACGCUUAAAUAGACCAGUGCUUUGAUUUAUUAAUGCUCAAUGAACUAGGGCUUGUAUUAAGUUAUGCUUGUAGGAAAAGGGCUGAGAUUUAGUUAUACUUGUGAGAUGAGGAGUGGAAUUUAGAUAUUGGAUCAAGUCAAUUUAAUUCCUUGCCAUAUAGUUAGCAGAUAUAUGUAUGUAACUUAUAUUGAGUUCAAUAAUUAAAUAGCUGGAGGUGGAUAUCACUGGUAUCUCAGUAUUAAUUUACUCACACAUAACAAUGGUAUUUGUGUUGUUUGUAAUGAACAAAGUUUUAUAAUGAUAUUGUAUGUUGUAUUUCUGUCCAUCCAGAAGAAUACCAUACUCACCACAUAAGCACUGUAAAAUGAUAAGAGUUUAUUGUUAGGGUCCUGCCACUUAUUAUGUAUAUCUGUUGUUAUAAAUUGAUGUAAUGACAUGUUGGAGUUACAGUACAUAUUUUAUCAAUAAAUGAUGUGUAAACGU